GGUGAAGCUCACAUUCAUUAGGUAUAAAAAUGUUCUUGUGCAUUAAAUAAGUAGUCAAGUACCUGACUGACGUUCAUUUGUGUUAACGUUUUCAUACUUUGAGUUCAAAAUGAAAAGUGUUUGGUGGAUUAUAUUCUUUUUGGAAGUUUUGAUUAGUUUAUCUCUAUCGCAGGAUAUUCCAGAUGUGAAUCAAAAGACUGUUCAAAAUGGACUGCUGAAUUUCGGAAUUAAAUUGAAUUCCGUUCUAUUGGGAAAAAAUCAAGAAAACAAAAAUAUUGUGUUUUCUCCAUUUAACCUUUACACAGCUCUAGCUCUUAUUCAUCUUGGUAGCAAUGGCAUUACACGUGAUACAAUUUCUGAUGUUUUAAACAUCCCUAUCACUUUUUCGCCAAAAAGUUUACAAGAAGUAUUGCUAAACUUUUCAUCAGUAUCGCAAACGAGUAUCACUAUCGAUAAAUUUCCCAAUGGGACAGAAAUAAAAACAUCUCGUUUACAAUUUACCAAUAUAAUUUCUUCAAGUUGAAGAAAGAAUACAUCGAAGAUGUCAAAUUAUAUAACAACAGUUUUUUUCACAAUUCUGGUUUCGUCAGAAAAUAUUCGUUUGAUAGCGUCUUCCCCGAAGUGAAAAUAGAAGACCCUCUACCAAGAGCAACCUUAAAGGUCAUGACUUAUAGCUUUUAUUUUAAAUCAGACUGGCAACAGAAAUUCAAUCAAGAACUGACUAAAGACGAAACGUUCCGAACAGACAAAGGCAACAUUACAGUAGAAAUGAUGAACGGUAUGAUUAAAGCACCAUACGCCAACAUUCCAUCAUUAGGAGUAGAAGUUGUCAACUUGAGAUUUAUAAAUGCUGCAGUUUCCAUGUUUGUAGGGAUGCCUCGUGAAAAUCAAUCGCUAGAUAAUUUUUUACGUGAUUUAACCUCCGAUCAGAUCCACACAAUAAUUGAUCAAUCCAAUUUGUGCGAUGAUUUCGAUGUUGAUUUGAAAUUUCCUAAAACAGCUUUCCACUGGUAUAAACCAGUGAAAGACGAUCUCAUUAAACUCGGACUCAAAGAAGAAUUUUGGAACUCGCCCGAUUUGAGUAAUAUGGUCAACCAGAGUAAUAUAGAAAUUAACGACAUUGAACACAGUGCUAGAUUAAAAUUUAACGAAGAUGGUAUUACCGAAGCUGAUGAUGUUUCAUUUGUUCCAAUGGACACAAAACUAUCUUCUGUAAGACCUCGGACAGCAUUCUAUGUUAACAGACCUUUCUUCUUUUUCAUUUAUAAUCAUAAUAUUAACACGAUUGAGUUCUUUGGUACUGUGUUUCAUCCGAGUAAUACAUACUCGUAGCCCUUUUUUUGAAGGUAGGCAUGUGCCUAAGUUCCUAAUAAUCUUUUUGAAGUAGGUACCUACCUAUUGGUUGUAUUUCUGAUUUUCAAAAAUGAUUUGGUUUUUCAAGUAUGUAACUAUGUAACUAGGUACCUAUCUAAUCAUCAUUUUAAUAAAGAGAAUAAUUUAUUUA